UUGAUGUGCCGCAGGUUGAAUAGGAUAGGAUAACGAGUUUAUGUUCAGGAAGUAGUGGUAUGUUAUAGGCGACACAUUCAAAUAUGUGACUUGUUAUAUGUUAAAGGCGGGACGAGCGACAAGCUAUAGUUGGGAAGGUGGGAUGGGCGACAUGCUAUAGAGGAAAGUCAGAUGGUCCACGUCCUAUAGAGAGGAAAGUUAAUGGGCGACAUGCUAUAAAGGUGUUGUAAUGUCGUGUACCUCACAAAUACGUGCACUACAUAUGCUACCUAUUGUGUGCGAGAAGGCCACGUCGUCUCUGAUGCAGAACCGAGCGUAACUGAGAGAUAGUGAAGAGACUUAAACACUGAUAAGGGAUGCCCUGCUGUUGUCAGAAGAGAUACAGUGCUGUUGUCUAAGUGGAUGCUGCUUGUGCUGUCGAAAAGUAUACACUUUUGUUGCCAACAGUGAGCAGUGAAACACUUGUGGCUUCUUUAAGGAUAUUCCGCUAUUGUCUAUGGAAAUGGUCUGAUGUUGUUUAAAGGAAUAUUCUGUUGUCGUUGACAGGAUAUAGAGGAAAACACACGGCAGUUAUGAACUUAUCAACAGAAACCAAGACUCAGACCAGUUUAAGUGAAAGUUGAUUCCUGCAGUGGACCAACGGAACCAUGGAUAGAAAAUAUGUCAUAGCAAUUGUUGUAUGUGCGACUGUGAUAGUCGUCAUCAUCGUCAUCGUCGUUGUCGUCGGAGCUCUGUUAUUCAGACGUCGGAGGAGGGUUGUUCGUAGACAACCACCACGACCACAGAGCUCAGUUUCUGUUGAGCGUACCCUUCAAGUUAGGGCAGCAAAGAAUUAUCGAAUCAGCCGCGAUGACAUCGAGGAAAGAUCAGGAAAAGACGACUUGGAGCUGAAAGGCGUGAACAACAGCCCGACAGGGGAGGCAAUCACAGCUAUGUGUCCCCCGACACCUCCAGUUGGUGGAGCCGCUCCCCCGCGUCUCGAUCCUAUAUAACGCCGGGCCAAGCUCACCACCAGCAUCUACUGCACAGCACCUGCAUCAUCAACUAUAUCUUCAACUGCUUAGACGUCAGACAUUGUCCCCAGUAUACCAAGAACUGCACCCAUGAGAAUCGACACGCUACAAUGCCUUAAGAUUUGACUUCAACAAUGUAUAUCGUGUGUUUGACUAUAUGCAGGUCUUCCUUUUAGGUUGACGUAAUUGAUGUAUACAUACGUAGUGCCCAUAUAGAGUAAACCGAUAAUGUAGAUGAUAAUGGGAUACAAGAGGAAAGGCUACAAUGCACCAAAGGAUGUUGUCGAGUUACAAUAAGGGAUGUGCCAAUGUGGUUUUGUAGUAUCUAAUAGGUGUAUCCCACACAGGUCUGUACAAAUGCAGCUUAUACAAUUUUAAAAUGAGUGUUUUUUGGUGUAUAUAUAAUCAGCAAUUUUCCUUCUGUAUCACGAUGGCCUGUUAUUACAUCAAGUCAAGACAAACCAGUGAUUGAUAUCAUGAGCAACGUCCAACGCCGUCGGGUAUCAUCACACGCAAUCGACCAGUCCAGUCCAGUCCUAUCCAUCCGACCCACAUUAAGUCGUCUCAUACAAGACGGGGACCAAUAGAAACUGUGUGACAAAAUAGAUUCUUUUUUUCAAAUUAGAACAAACGCACAGAUACAGUUUUAUGAGGAUCAUAUCACAAAUAUUCAGUAAAAGCUGUGCAUUGCACAUAUGAAUACAACGUGUGCUGUUUGCAUUUGUUUCUCCAUUGAGGAAAAAUAUACAGUUCAUAUACUCUGCAAAAAAAGAAACGCAAAUGUAAAAAGAAACGCAAAUGUAGAAAGAAAUCGUAAUAUUCUGUCACAGUGUUGCCGACAUCCAUGCAAAAUUAUAUCAAACAUGAAUGUGUACAUUUCUGCAUGGAUUGGGAUUGAAUUGUGUGGAAAUUAGUGUGGAAUGAGGUACUGCAGACACUUGGUGACAAGAUGGAAAAUCGCAACCACGUGAGAGCCUGGUACCGAAACACACCAAUAUGACAUGCACGCUCAACGUAACUCGUUUGGUAAUAAAAUCGUUGGGAUGCGUAAGAUAUCAGCCAAGACUGAGGAACUGUUUACGCGCUGAAGGUAUUCGCGCUAGAUGACCAGUUCGGGUGUCAUUUUGACGGAGCUCCAUCGUCAACUGCGACGUCAAGGUGCGAUGGAGACAAAUUUGGUUUAGUGACGAAUCACGUUUUAUGUUUCGCCGUGUGGAUGGUAGGCGUCGUGUUUACACGGGGAACGUUAUACACGAAACUGCAUACAGGAAGUGGACAGAUUUGGUGGUGGAAGUGUGCCGAUGUGGGCAGCCAUCUCCUGCACUGGUACAAUCGACUGGGUGCAAGUUUCUGGGAACUAAACGACACAGCGUUACACGAAUGAGAUUCUUCGACCACACGUCAUUUUCAAACAAGACAACGCCUUACCUCACAGAAGUCAACAAGACUAACAACAGCCUUCAAUAGGAAUACCAUCAUCCAGAUCCUGCCAAUGUCCCCCAGGUCUACAGAUUUAAACCCAGUCGAACAUUUAUGAGAUGCACGGGAUCAACGACUGCGAGCACAUCAGCAACACCCACAGACCAUCCAACAGUUGGCACACGCACUGCAGGGAGAAUGGGUGAACAGUUCUCCAGGGCACAAUUCGGUAACUGAUUUCUUCCAUGGGACGACGAUGCCAGUCAGUUUGGACUCAUGGUGGCCAUACAGGAUAUGUAGAACAGAUGACCUUGAACAUCUGCUGUUCCAUUUCUUCUAUAUGGAACAUAGGUCAAUGACAAUGAUAUGUGCCAAUUUUAAACAAUCGAUUACAAUAUAUUAAUGUAUAUAUGAUGCAUAAAUAUAAAACUUUU